GAGACUCCGUGCUCCGAGCAUCGUCGUCGAAUAAUCGACCGUGUGUCGUUCUCGUCCUCGAUUUUUCUUUUCGUUUACACUUUCGAUAGUUCGUUGCUGGAUAUAGUCGUACCGGAAGGAAGAUACGUGCAGGUGUGAAACCGUAGAGCAUUAAAAAAAAAAAAAUUCAGCGCUUAUACCGAGGACGUGGAAAAUUUAGAAACCGAGAUGCGCUUGGUUCUGUCUCGAGGAUAGGAGUUGCUGGUCUACGCAGUUCUUGCUUCCAAAGAGAGCAUGAUCGUCGCUUUUUGAUCAGACUCGCGUCGCUACUUGUCCGCAAUGCAAUGAAAGAGAUCGUACGUUUAUCCGGUAACCAGAACGCAACGCUGCGAAAAGACCGGUUCGUUUGAACGAAAAAUCAACCGAGGAGAGAAAAAAAGAGAAUCGAGGCUACUUAAAACUCGUACUUGUACGAAACUAAAUUAAGUUCGAGUAAAAAGAUUAAAACGUUUUAAGGAUAUAUUACAAGGAUACAAGAUGAAGCUUGAAGGAAAUUGUUCGCACGAGGAUAAUACGAAUGAGAUUUUAUUACAACCUAGGAAAGGCUCGGGAAUACGUUUGCAGAUUGUACCGGCGCAACCAAAAACCAUCACUCACCUACCAAAAAGGCCACCAGUUGACCUGGCAUUCUCUGACUUGGCGUAUAAAGUACGAGAAGGCCGCCGAAACAAUGUAAAGACAAUCUUGAAAUCCGUCAGUGGAAGGCUACGGUCUGGAGAACUGACGGCUAUCAUGGGACCUUCCGGUGCGGGAAAGUCUACUCUUUUAAACAUCCUGACCGGAUACAAAUCAACUGGCGUAGAGGGAAGUAUCACGAUGAAUGGGCACGAGAGGAACCUUAGUGCCUUUAGAAAGUUAUCUUGCUACAUCAUGCAAGAUAAUCAACUUCAUGCGAAUUUAACAGUGGCUGAAGCCAUGAAAGUCGCUUCGAACCUUAAACUUGGUUCGCAUAUCAGCAAGGCGGAGAAAGAGGAAGUGAUUCAAGAAAUCCUUGAAACGCUUGGCCUGUCCGAACAUCGACGAACCAUGACCUCGAACUUGAGCGGUGGUCAAAAGAAGAGACUUUCCAUUGCGCUUGAAUUGGUCAACAAUCCUCCUAUAAUGUUCUUCGAUGAACCCACUAGUGGCCUGGACUCGUCUUCUUGUUUUCAAUGUAUCUCAUUGUUGAAGACGUUGGCUCGAGGAGGGAGAACAAUAAUAUGCACCAUUCAUCAGCCUAGUGCUAGAUUGUUUGAAAUGUUCGAUGCUUUGUACACAUUGGCCGAGGGGCAAUGCGUUUAUCAGGGUUCCACUUCGCAGUUAGUGCCUUUCCUCAGAAAUAUCGGUCUUAAUUGUCCCAGUUAUCACAAUCCUGCCUCUUUCAUCAUCGAGGUGUCCUGCGGGGAAUACGGGGACAAUAUCAAGAAUUUGGUGAAUGCCAUCAAGAAUGGAAAGUACGAUAUUCGAGAGGGAUAUCCUUUCCCUGAUAAUAAAUCAGAGAGAUUGAAUAACGCGACGAGCGAGUUGCUUCAAAAAAGUGAAGAGAAUGCUGAGGUAAAGGAUAAGAAUGAUGUUAGUAAUCUGGAGGAAAAGUUUCAAGAGGAUAAAUCAAAUGAAAUUAAUAAUAAAAAGAUCCUUCCGACUUUUGCCAGGAAUGAUAUUACAAAACAAGCCGACAUAGCGAUACCGAUGGACAUGGAUAAGAAAGAUAACGCUGAUGUAGCCCUGCUCGACGAAUCAAUUGUAGUUACUCCUGAAAGAUAUCCUACUUCGGAGUGUCAGCAAUUCUGGAUCGUUUUGAAAAGAACUCUACUCUUCAGUCGUAGAGAUUGGACCCUUAUGUAUCUUCGACUAUUUGCUCACGUUCUAGUGGGGUUAUUGAUCGGUGCAUUAUAUUAUGACAUUGGAAAUGAUGGUGCUAAAGUACUUAGCAAUCUUGGAUUCCUCUUUUUCAACAUGCUGUUUCUUAUGUACACGUCCAUGACCAUCACGAUAUUGUCGUUCCCGUUAGAGUUGCCGGUACUUUUGAAGGAAAACUUUAACAGAUGGUAUUCACUGAAGGCGUACUAUCUAGCUAUCACGGUGUCAGAUAUACCAUUCCAGGCGAUAUUCUGCAUAAUUUACGUAACGCUCGUAUACUUUAUGACCAGCCAACCAACGGAUGGUAUGCGAUUCAGUAUGUUCCUGGGAACAUGUUUAUUGAUUUCGUUCGUCGCACAGUCGGUUGGAUUGGUAGUUGGAGCGGCUAUGAACGUACAAAACGGUGUGUUCUUGGCGCCGGUUAUGUCUGUACCUUUCCUACUAUUCUCAGGAUUUUUCGUUAGUUUCGACGCGAUUCCUGUGUAUCUCAGAUGGAUCACGUAUCUGAGUUACAUCAGAUACGGUUUCGAAGGAACUGCGUUGGCUACGUACUCGUUUGGUCGGGAAAAACUUAAGUGUUUUCAGAUUUACUGCCAUUUUAAAAAUCCUGAGACAACCUUGGAGGAGCUGGACAUGCUCGAUGCUGAUUUUACGCUCGAUAUUCUUGCCCUUCUUUUAAUAUUUCUCGUUCUUCGAAUCGUUGCCUAUCUGUUCCUUCGUUGGAAACUGAAGACUGCGCGAUAGGGUUCGCCAUGUUAUUAUUCACGUUGACACAAUCCAAAAAAAAAUUUUUUUUAUCUAUAAAAGAACGUUCGAAAAUAACGCGAUAAUACAUUUCAUUAGCAUUGCUGUUCAAACGAAGGGCACAAUUAAUACGUUGAAUUAUUGCAUCAAAUUUUAUACCUCGAAAGAAUGGAACACCACGCGUAUAUAGUUCAUACCUAUGCAUCGAAUUCGUACGAUUUAGGCUAAUAUAAUUUAUUCGUCCUUAUUAGGUUUGUCACGUUGAAACAACUCUGCAAUGGACUAGCGAUGCUUUCGUUCAGGGUACCUUUUCGUCUCUUUAAUUACAAUCACACGUAAAUACACACAAAGUGUGUAUAACCACUGCUUUCUAGAAGGGUAGUUACCGCGUUGACUGACACAGCGAUCAUCGGUGACCGACGAAUUAUGUUCAAAUGGGAAAAAUACUAAGCGCUAUUGAAAUAACGUUAGUAAUUCAGAUCAAAGUAUAUACAAUUAGAGAAUUAAUAUCUUUAACAAUUGAUAUUCUUUUCUACUGUGCCAGUCAACGUGUUAACAAAAAGGGGUGGAAUCUAGCAGUCUCGGAAGAUCGCAAUUUCAUGAUUUGGAGAAAAUAAGAGGCCUUAAUUGAUAAUGUUUCGUGAGCGAUCACAUUUUUUAUCCACCUAUGGCUGUGAGUUUGACGAUGUAGAAGAGUUACGGGAAAGCGGAAGUACGGAUUGUUAUGUCAUAGCGUUGUGUUAUGUUCUUGUUGAUUAAGAACAACGUUUAAAACAAUGAUUAUCUUGCCAGGUUCGUUGCGUAUACCGAAUAUUAGAUUUUUGUAAAUUGUAAAACAUCAUAAAAUAACAUUCAUCGAUUUCAUAUCGUUGCAUACGCGGGGACUUAUACUUUAUAGUACGUCAACUAAAAACUCAUCGUAACUCUUCCAAUUAAUGUGUCUCUUAUAGAUAGAGUGUGUACUAUACUAAACGAUUUAUAUAUUUUUUAAGCAAAUUUACUUUGUUAAACAUAUAAGUCGCGUUGGAAAGGUACGUAUAGAAGUAGAGUAUAUCAAAAAGCUUUAAAAUCUUAACAAGCUAACAUCAGUUUACAACUGUUUCUUUGAGUUUUAAUCAUCGUUAGGAAUAUUACAUACGGUAUCGCUUGCGGAAUCAAAAGAAAAAGAAAAAGAAAAAAAGUAAAACACGUUUUAUCUUUUAACGAUAUUCACUGACUUGACAAAUGUACUUUAACGGGAAAUACAUUUGUAACUGUUUACACAAAUGGUAUAAAUUAUACAUGUUUAUAUUUAAAUCGUUAGCGUGAUCGAUUACGAUCAAUAUACAUAUACAUAUAUGUAUACUUUUGUAAAAUAAUACCUAUGCUGAAUUGGCAUAGUCUUCGUUGUAUUUUAUAUAGCGUAUGUUUAUUACGAAUAAAAAAAAACAUGCUUUUCGUAAUAUA